GAGCAGCGGAGGAAGUUACCAUUUAGCCAUAGCUAAACGCUGCAUGUUGUAGCUGCUCAUCGUAGCAGGUAAUGGAAAGUCCCUAGAAAUCGGAUGUUUAUGAGCUUCUGAGCCUCCAUUCCUUCCACUUGUGCGCAUGCCCCUGUAGUUUCUUCACACUAAGUUAAUAAAGCAUACAAGUUGUACAAGAUGAGUAAAGACACUCGAGUGUACCUGGGCUUGGCCUUUAGAAGAUGGCGUGAACUAAAAUCAAGACGUGGAAUGAAAUCAGAUGCAGAUUUGGCCUUCUGUCUUCUCAAUGAAAUGGACAAAGUUUCCACACUACCAGGUUCAAUGGGAGCCAACAAUCAGAGCAUCAAAAUCUCCAAAUCAGAAGUUCAGACUCUGAUCGAGCAGGAGGUCCACAAAGGACUGGCAAAAAAUCAAGUCAAGAUGAGGGGUUUAAUAGAAGCCGUGCAGCAGAUGAAUAAUGACCUCAACUUUGAGAAAACCCUCCGAGAUCUAGAGACUCAGCUUAACACUGUGUCCAGGAAAGCAGAGGCAGCUCUUGCCUACAUAACAAAGACACAUGAACAGUAUCCGUUGAGAGCAAUUUAAGAGAGAUGUCUCCACCACUUCUUUCCUCUGUUGGUUCUUCUGAAGACACGGUGCAUGUCAAGUCUAUAAAAAGAGAGUUGGAGGAUAAUCAGGACGAAGAAAAUGAUGAUGGGAACCCGUGUCUGCCAGAGGAACCGAAAGUUAAAAAGAUGAAAGAUGAGGACUCUUCAGGCCACAGUGUCACGUCAUCAGAUGAAGGACAGGAGUUGCUUCUCUAUCCUGCUCUCCCUUCGUUCCCCUUCCCUUCCGUCCUGAACAUGGAAGCAGCUUCGUACAGCAUGCCUCAGAAAGUAGAACUGAAGCUGGCCCUCAUCAGACACCCCACUAGACUUUCUGUGCUCUGGAACGUGACGGAAAAUGACCCCGCCGCACCGCCCAUGGACAGUUACACCAUCUUCCUGACUAUGGAAAAGGUCAAAGGGAGCGGCACCUUUCCUAAAUGGACUUCGUAUGAUCAGCUGAAGGCCGCCCCUCUGCCGAUGGGUGCACUGAUAAAAAAGUACAAGCCUGGACACAGAGUGUGUGCUGCUGUUAUAGGAAAAGAUAAAUUUGGACGUUAUGGACCGUACAGUGAAGUCGUCACAAAAACGAUGCCUGACCAAUUGUGAAAUGGAUGUCUCUUCCUUGGAGGAGUUUGGACUUUGACCAAUAUUGACUCUUUUUUUUAUUAUAUUUGUUUCAACCGAGCAGCUUUUACUAAUUUUUUUAGUUGUCCUGAUGCAUGCUCAUUGAUCCAGGUAGAGACUGGGUCAGUGUAAGAAGGUUAACUCCUCUGGAAGGAUUCUUCUUUGCUGAAACGUUUCGUCUUUUAUCCAAAAGACUUAUUCAGUCUGGGACACCGCAACAAA